AUGCCAGGCAGCGCUGGCUACCUGGAACUUAAGCAGUUGAUGCGGGGGCACCAACUGCACACCGUUUGCGAAGAGGCGCACUGCCCAAACAUCGGGGAAUGCUGGGGCCGCGGCACCGCCACGUUCAUGAUUCUCGGGGAUAUUUGUACUCGGCGCUGUCACUAUUGCGCCGUAACAACCGGGCGGCCUCAGGGAAUUGACCUGCAGGAACCUGGCCGGUUGGCAGAAACGGUCAAAAAGAUGGGGUUGAGCUAUUGCGUCAUUACGUCCGUUAACCGGGAUGACCUGGCAGACGGAGGGGCUUUCAUUUUCGCGUCUUGCAUUAAGCGAAUUCGCACCGAAUCUCCCGAUUGCAAGGUUGAGGUUCUGAUACCAGACUUUGCCGGUUCCACGGAUGCCCUGACCAGGGUAAUGGAAGCCGGGCCCGACGUUUUGAACCACAAUAUAGAGUCUACCAAGAGGGUAUUCCCAAGGGUCAGGCCCAAGGGUGAUUACCGGCGUUCGCUGGAUCUGUUGUCCAAUGCCAAAGAAAUUGAGCCGGCCGCCGUAACCAAGUCAGGUAUCAUAGUCGGCAUGGGUGAGAAAGUCUCGGAAGUUGUUGAGACCAUGCAAGACCUUCGCGAGGUAGACUGCGACCUCUUAACUAUCGGCCAAUAUCUGCGACCCUCUUCGAAGCACAUCGCUAUAGACCGCUUCUAUCACCCUUCCGAGUUCUCGGAACUGGCGCGAAUUGGCAACGAGAUGGGAUUCAAGCACGUCGCCUCGGGUCCCUUGGUGCGUAGCUCUUACCACGCUGACCUGCAGCACGAUGCGGCGGUCUUAAACCUCUAG